UUCCAGCUUAAUACCAAAACAUCCCCAGCAACCAACCAGGCACCUGGCCCAGAGGAAAAGGGGAAAGCUGGUGGUGCCAAGAAGGCUGAGGAGGAGGAGGAGAUCGACAUUGAUCUGACAGCGCCAGAAACAGAGAAGGCUGCCCUUGCUAUUCAGGGCAAGUUCCGGAGAUUCCAGAAAAGGAAAAAGGAUCCUAGCUCCUGAAUAACCAGCCUUGUCCUUCACUCUCUCCCUUUUCUCCCCUUCGCUGCAGUUCUGACUCCUAUGUGUCUUUGUGUCUUUGUCCCUCUAGCCUCUUGUUGAGGCAAGUUCAAUCCUUAUAUAUUAUUUUCUCUGGUCCCCCCCCAAGCCAUCACAACAGUGGAGGCACAAGGAACGUGGGGGAAGAUGAAGAAUUCAAUUGGCAGCCACUUGCCUGAGGGUAGACCAGUUUGUCCUUGGGACAAGCCUCCUUGACCAGCAUCUAUGUCUGCCCCAUGAGGUUGAAGAGCAAGAGGCUUUGAGGUUGAGAGAGGGACCCCUGGCAGUCGGCGGAGGGGGAAGCAGU